UGCAUUGGUUUCAGAUUAAUGACUUCCCACUGGGUCGGUCAGCUUUCAGUUUGUUUAUGUGGCAGCUGCCCUUGUGCCGCGUGGUUUGCACCAUACGGGGCAACACGUAGCUCUGUGUAACACUAGGUGACGUGGCCAUGUGGAAUUACUCUACUUCCCGUCGAAAGACAUGCCUGCCCCCGUGACUGGACCAUGGCGGAGCGCAGACUGUAUGAAGACGAGCGGUGGCGGUGAGGUAGAGGUGGACGUGUAGCGUGUCGCACACCCAGCUAGUGCCGAACUGUCACCCCGGCUCGCGGCACGGACUCUGGCAGGAAAAGGCCGGUAGAUUUGCAGCUGAGAUGCUCUCAUUCUUCUCCGCCCUGGCCUGUGUCUGCUUGUUUUUGUCAGAUCAGGGGGGCGCCGUCUCACUCAAGUUUAGAGGUGACUUGGAAAUGACGACAGACAACGAGGACCAUGAAGUCAUUGUACCGUUUUUGUCCGAUUCCGAGGGGAGAUUCCUAAGUUACGACUUGAAGUCGCCAUCGAGACACGCCAGGAGUGUGGAUGGCGACAGGACCUUGUAUGUGUCAUUCAAGGCUUUCGAGUUUGACUUUCUGCUGAGCCUUGAACGGAAUGAUAAACUUGUCGCCCCGAAGGCCACCGUAGAAUGGCAGCAAGGGAAUGCCACACACAGGGAGAGAAUAAAGGAACGCUGCUUCUAUAGGGGACAUCUCAACAACGCGUCUGUUUCCUCGGUGGCGGUUUCCAACUGUCGAGGCCUGGAAGGAUGGAUCCACUCAGAAGGGAACAAUUUCUUCAUUCAGCCACUGCAAAAUUCAUCAAGAGACCACAAGGAGCAUGUCAUACAUAGAAAAUAUACAAGCCUGGAGGGGGAUACCAUGCAAUGGCCCACUAUAAGUAUAACUGAAGAAGACAAAUCAAGACACAAGCGCCACGACACAGUAAGAGACAAGAAUGUGGAGGUUCUACUGACGGCUGACUACUCCGUCGUCUCCUUCCAUGGAUAUGAAAACAUUCAGAUCUAUUUGCUGACAAUUAUGAACAUAGUGAAUGAGCUCUACCACCACCGGUCACUUGGAGCCCAUGUCAAUAUCUGCCUGGUGCGGAUGGUGCUUUUGGAUCCAGCAACAUCCAACAUGGUGGUCCCUGGGAACCCGUCGCGCAGUCUGGAGCAGGUCUGCAGGUGGGCGCACGAUGUGCAGACGGAAGACCUGGAUGACACUGACCACCAUGACCACGCCAUCUUCCUCACCCGUAUUGAUUUUGGACCUGCAGGUUACGCCCCAGUGACAGGCAUGUGUCACGAGCUCCGCAGCUGCACUCUCAACCACGAGGACGGCUUCUCCUCCGCCUUCGUGGUGGCCCACGAGACCGGCCAUGUCCUAGGUAUGGAGCAUGAUGGCGAUGGCAACGACUGUUCUGACGAGACUGCCUACGGGAGUAUCAUGGCACCACUAGUGCAGGCCACGUUCAGCCGAUACCACUGGUCCAGAUGCAGCCAGAUGGAGUUAAGACAACACAUCAGCGACUACUACUGCCUUGAUGAUGAUCCAUUUGAAAAAGACUGGCCAAAAAUCCCAGAGUAUCCCGGCAUCAACUACUCCAUGGAUGAACAGUGUACCUUUGACUUUGGAGGAGGAUAUAGACUCUGCACUGCCUUCAAGACAUAUGACCCAUGUAAGCAGCUAUGGUGCAGCCAUCCUGGGAACCCGUUCUUCUGUAAGACUAAGAAAGGACCAGCUCUUGAUGGGACGUCAUGCGGAGACAGGCUAUGGUGUCUACAAGGUUCCUGUCAGAAGGAACAUCCCAUUGCCAUCCACGGGGGGUGGAGUACAUGGACAGCCUGGGAGGAGUGUUCUAGGACGUGUGACAUCGGCAUCAGAGUCAGGCACCGCACAUGUGAUAAUCCGAGACCAGAGAGAGGGGGUUCUGAAUGCAAGGGACAAAGUCAGGAAUUUGAAUUAUGUAAUACACAGGAUUGCCCUGACUCGCCAGUGGACUUCCGAGCACAGCAGUGCAGUGUGCACGACAUUGAAGAGAUCCUAGGAACCACUCAUCACUGGAUACCACAUCAACCAGAAGGAGAAAAGAGUCCUUGCAAGCUCCAAUGUAUAUCCCGUGAGAAGGGCGACAUCCACAGGUUCCCCGGUGAUGUCAUUGAUGGAACGCGGUGCUCCUAUGACAAUCCUACAAACAUCUGUGUUCUUGGAAAAUGCGAGACUGUUGGAUGUGACCGAAAGCUGCAGUCUACCAAAGAGUUUGACAACUGUGGGGUUUGCGAUGGUGACGGUACUCGCUGUAAAACUAUCAAAGGCACAUUUGACAAGCCCCCCAGACCAGGAAACACCAUCCCUGACAGUGAUGAGGACUCAAACACAGAGUACCAGGAGGUGGCGGUGCUGCCUAAGGGUGCUUGGAACAUUGAGGUGUUCGAGACAACACCGUCCCCACAUUACAUUGUGCUGAAGAAUGCAGAAACAGGUGUCUUCGCUCUUAAGGACCACGGAACGAAGGAAGCUUUGCUACAUUUUGUAGAGGGCGGCACGCGAUGGACCUACCUCCGCUCUAGUGAUAGUGAGACCCUUGGUACCAAAGGACCACUGCUCCAGGCCAUUGUUGUAAUGAUCUCCCCAAAAGGCCUGGAACCCUCCACCCUGGCAUACAAGUAUGUGAUCCACGAGGAUCUGCUCCCAUCUGUUAACAACAACAUGAUCCCUGGCGGCAGCCCUGAUGAGUAUAUCUGGGUGAUGAGGGCUUGGACUGUGUGCUCAAAGUCCUGUGACGGUGGUGUGCAGUACACGAGGUACUCAUGCAAGAGAAAGAGUGAUGACAAAGUGAUGAACAUUCGACUGUGUAACAAAGAUGAGAGGCCAGCAGUCCUGCGAAGGGAGUGUAACAUCCACUCCUGCCAAGAAGCCAGAUGGGAUGUUGACACCUGGGAACACUGCUCCAAGACCUGUGGAAUGGAGGGUUACCAGAUCCGUACAGUCAGAUGUGUACGACCCACCCCCGACAACUCCACCAUCGAACCUGUACACCACAAGCACUGUAAAGAGGAGAAGCCAGCCAAUCGGCAGCCAUGUAACAGGGUCCCCUGUCCAUCCUUCUGGAGAACAGGGGCGUGGUCAAAGUGUUCGGUCAGCUGCGGCCAGGGCCUGAAGGAGAGACAGGUUGUCUGUCAGGGACCAGGAAACAGACCCUGGGACGCUGAUGAUGUCGUCCACUGUCUGGAGAAGAAGCCUCCCGCCUCUCAAGUCUGUAUAGGGGAGCCCUGCCCAGAGGAAACAUGUUCAGGGGACCAGUCCAUCUUCUGCCAGCUAGAUGUGUUAUCACGCUACUGCUCCAUCCCUGGCUACCAGAAACUGUGCUGCAGCUCCUGUAGAAGAUACCAGCCCACCCUGCAGUCACCAUCUACUAGCACUUCAUUUAACCAGACAGCAGUGGAGGAGAGUGGGGUAGAGACUCAAACCAGUGGUAGGCAGGCGGGAUAAACUAUCAUCAAUAUAUCAAAAAUUGUAUGUAAGACCAGGGGUGCCUAAGCAUUUACAUGAAUUUUCAUAGAGACUGUGUAUGCUACAAGAUUCUUGCAGGUCACAUAAGUUUGAUAUGUUUUCACAUAGUGACUCUUGUGGGUUUCACGAAAUUUGUACAGGUUUUACAAAAUUUGUGAGAUUCUUAGGCACGCCUGGCCAAAGCAUAACUUUCUACCAAUAUUCAACUGUUGGAUUUGCUUUUGAAUUAUUUUUGGGUGCUACUAUUAUUGUAGGAAUAAGAAAAGGGACAUUCCAUUAACAUCAAUUCUCAUAGUUCCACUGGGUACCCCUAAAACUGCAACAUUGUAAAAACUGUGAGAUCUACCAAUGAAGCAUCUGUAAUCCCAGAGGUAUGCACGCUUCAGACAUCCAGGUGCUCAAGACAUUCUUGAAAAGUCAAUUAUGUCAUGUUUUUAUAUGGCAGGCUUAUACCGGGGGAAUUAUGAGAAGUGACGUUAUUUAUUAGUACAUGCUUUACACAUGUAUCUACACGGCAUCCGUGUAUGGACAAUUUUUAAUGGUUGAUUGAAAAAAGAAUAACACGGAAGUCAGAGGUGACGUUGUAAUUUGAUUAUUAGCAGGUGGUUGCAUAAACUAGCGUAUUAAUUUCGGAAUGUUUUCAUGUUUUGAUUAUUGCCUAUCUAGAUACUAUGGGAACCUUUUUUCUACACUUCUACAGUGCCAUAAUUUGUAAAAUUCGGACCCAACCUUUUAGCUGAAAAUUAAGAUUUAGGAAACUACUGUCUGAUUUUUAACCACCCGUUGAGACUUAACUAAGAUAUAUUUCAUAUACAAUGUAUCAUCAUGUCUUUCUAUGUGUAACCACAAGUUUUUUAUUUAUUCUAUUUUCCAUCCCAAUCAAUUUUGUGACAAACAGUAUUAUAAACUGUAGUGGACAUUGUGACAUUUUUUGUAACUUAAGUUCAUAUAUGUGGCAUGAUCAUGGUGGUGUAUGUUCCAUUGUAGCGACUGGGAUUCGGACAGAUUGUCCUAGGACAGAUUCAAAUCUGUCCUAGCAGAAUCCAUAAUUGCAAUCUGUCUUUGGACAAAGUAGAAUCUAUGUUGUGUUGUAUUUUAAUUUGAUUUUAAUUGGACUUGUCCUAGGACAAUACAGAUUGGGUUAGGAUAAGGUUUGGGGGUUAACCUAACUAAGUAACCCUAACCCUAACCCAAUCCAUAAUGGAAGUGAACAUGAAAUUGGUGAAAAUUCAUUUGUAUAAGCUUAAAAUGACAGAUUUAACAACGAAACUGACAACAAAAAUCAAAAACAUAGGCUCCCUAAACAAUGAGUGGGAAGGAAAACAUUACAAAGCUUACAGAAUCGUACUAAAUGGUGUCUCUAUAUUAUCCUGAUAUACAUUUGUAUUCAGAUUUCUGGAACACUGUGAAACCACAGGAUGAGAGCUGUAAAACUGGACUGUAGUCAUGCCAGUGUUUAUAUGGUUGAGAUGCCUUUUCAUCAAAAUAAUGUAAAAGCUGCUGCAAUACUUUCUAAUUAGACCUUAUCAAAUCUUUCUAACACUAUUAGCUUGCGUGUCAUUGAGAUCAAUUGAAUAGUUAGACUGCUUUCUAUGAUUUAAAGUCAACAUCUUUUCUAUGGUCAUGUGCUAUCACCACCAGUGUGCAGGUGUAGCAUUGGUCAUCAAACACAUUGAUUGACAUUUUGUUAAGGAUGGAAAAUUAAGCUAACUUUUUCUUAACUUUUUACAGGACAAAACAACGACUUUUUGUAGUCUGUAAGUCAUGUUGUUGAAAAUUGAGUGUUUAAUGUUACAUUUUUCAUUGACUUUAUUAUUUUAGGCUGAUCUAUACUGGCUGAAACUUGCUUGUAGGUAAAGUACAUUUUAGGUACAUGCAGAUGAUAUCUCUGAUCUAACCCAGUCCUAUCUUACCAGAGCAGUUCAAAGAAGAUUUCCCCUGACUCGCUUCCUGUUAUUGUAGGAAGCUGUGAAAUUUCAGCUUCCUACAAUAACUGAAAGUAUGUCAGAGGGACUCUUUAUUGAACUAACCCUCUUGUAUACAAAUACUCCAACUUAUAAGUAAAAUAUGUGACUACAUGUACAGUUAACACAUAGAUCAUAAAACUCAUCAACUGUCGACAUGUCACAUGUGAAAGGUAUGAAAAGACAAAACCUGUUGCAAUUGCCUGAAUAAGCAUAGAUACAAAAUGGUUUACGCAACAGGCACAUUGAUAUUUCUACAUGAAUACAACUUUGAUUUACUGUUUUUACAACUAUAAUAUGGUGUUCAUACAUGUAGAUAUUCAUCAAUAAUACAUGUUGUGAGUGGCUGAAAAAGACCUUAAACCAUGAUAGCAACUGCCUAAAGACUAAAACAAAAAUAUCAAGACGUGAAAAUCUACCUUCUUCCGCAAUAGUACAUUUUGAUUUUACUCUUUUCAACUUUUCACAUCGGAUAAUGAUCUCUGUCUAUUCUUCAAGACGUUAUAUCAAUAUUGAUAUGUUGAGGUAUUUCUGCAAUGACAUGUAACUGUUAUGUGGACAUAAAUACAUUGGUACAUUA